AUGAGGUUAGCGGACCUCCUCGUCGACCUGGCCGCCGUGGCCAGUGCGUCGAAAAGCGUGGCGGCCAAGCAUGUCGCGCUGAGGGCGAGGCAGGUGGAGAGGUAUGGGCAGACGUCGAGUAUAUUGAGGGAUGCUCUUCUCGGGAGGCAGAAAGCAGCACAAGGUCAAGAAGAGGAACCUCCAAAUGUGGAGAGGGGGGAUGAGGAAAAAGCAACACCACCAGCAGCAGCCCAAACUCACCAGCAGCCAGAGCCGCCAAAAGAAAAGGAGGUGUCGGGUGGCGUUCCCAAGGAAGCACCACCGCCGCCGCCGCCGCCGGAAGAGACAACACAACCCGCUCCUACCCCAGAAAAGAAACGCCCAACCCAAGAAUUCAAACCAGCCCCCUGGGCAGAAGGUUCCAUCGCCCUUUUGAAGCAGGGGUUUGUCCCGCCAAGAAGACCACCAACUUCCCUCCCCAGCAUUGGAAAACAAAAGAUCGACAUCCCUCUUCUGAAAGUUGACGAGACAGAAGAGGUAGAUGUCAGUUCUCUGUUUCACACGUCUAAGGGGUCCAAAAUCCUGGAGGCCUUGAAGUCGAAGGAGGACGAAACCAAAGAAGCGGCAGGGGAGUACGUCCAGGUUGCUGAGGCUGGCAAAGCCGAAAACAAGGUGGUUGAAAAAGAAGAAGAGCAGCCAUCAAAGGAGGUUGACGCAGCGCCGGCGGUGAAAGACGUGAUAUCCGAACCGACCAAAGAAGUCGUGGCAGAGCCAGUAAAGGAAGUCGUCUCCAAGCCUUUGGAGGAAGCCGUUUCGGAACCCAUCAAAGAAGUCGUCUCCGAGCCUCUGGAAGAGGUUCUCUCAACCCCCGAAAAAGAAGCCACAGCAGAAACCACUCCCCCCCCACCACCACCCGCACAAUACGAACUCCGCGAGUCCCGAGUCCCCUCCACCCGCCUCGGCCGGCUCUGGAACUACGGCGGCCUAGCAGCAGGCAUGCUUGCCGGCGCAGUCACCGAGUCCGUCUCCCGCACCUUCAACGGCUCCUCCUCCUCCUCUUCUUCUUCCGUAAUGCUCUCCCCAUCAAACAUGACCCGCAUAGUCAGCAAACUCUCCCGCAUGCGCGGUGCAGCCCUCAAGCUAGGCCAGAUGAUGUCCUUCCAGGACGCAAAAAUGCUACCCCCCCCUAUCCAAGAGGUCUUGCAGCGUGUCCAAGACAGAGCAGAUUACAUGCCCUCCUACCAGCGCGACCGUGUCCUCGGUCAGAACUUGGGAGAGAACUGGAGGGAGCUAUUCAGUGAAUUCGACGAGAAACCUAUUGCAGCCGCCUCGAUAGGGCAGGUUCACCGCGCGGUGUUGAAACAGUCUGGGGAGAGGGUUGCAGUCAAGAUUCAGUUCCCGGGUGUGGCGGAGAGUAUCAAUUCUGACUUGGACAACAUUGCCGUGUUGCUGACCGCGACAAAGCUGCUCCCGAAGGGGUUGUACUUGGAUAAGACGAUCGAGAAUGCGAGGUUGGAGCUGGGGUGGGAGUGUGAUUAUGAGCGGGAGGCGGGGUGCGCGGAGAGAUACAGGCAGAACCUGCUGUCUGAUGAGGUGUUUGCCGUGCCGAGGAUCUAUCCCGAGGCGAGCGGGAGGCAUGUGCUGACGAUGGAGUGGAUGUCUGGCACCGGAGUGACGCGCAUCGCACCAAACCUGACGCAAGAACAAAAAGAUUGGAUCGGGACGCAGAUCUUGAGGUUGUGUCUCAGGGAAAUCACAGAGUUCAAAUUCAUGCAGACGGACCCGAACUGGACGAAUUUCUUGUACAACCCCCAGGAAAACAAGCUGGAGCUGUUGGACUUCGGGGCGUCGAGGGAGUACCCUGACUCUUUUAUCAAGCUGUAUGUCCAGCUUUUGGAGGCUUCGUCACGGAAUGAUAAAGAUGCGGUGAAGGAAUUGUCGGAGGAGUUGGGGUACUUGACUGGUCAUGAAAGCAAGCAGAUGCUCGAGGCGCACUUGACGAGCGUGAUGACGCUCGCGGAACCGUUCAUGGAGACGGCGCCGGAGGUGUACGAUUUUAGGGAUCAGACGAUUACGGAAAGAGUGAAAGCGCAGAUUGGGGUCAUGAUACAUGAGCGGUUGGCGCCGCCGCCCGAGGAGACGUAUUCGUUGCACCGGAAGCUGUCUGGCGCGUUUUUGCUGUGUGCGAGGUUGGGCAGCAGGGUGAGGUGUAGAGAGUUGUUCCAGGACGCUCUGGAAAAGUCGGGGUAUAAGAAGGACUGA